AUGGAGGUAGAAGGGCGAUACUUGGUGGGUGCUGCUGGUGGCUCUCGAAGCCAGCGUUUCUCUCCACGACAGCAGCAACUGGUCAGUGCCUGCGGUGCGGCCCCGCUGCCGCCACCUCCCACGCUCGAGGAUGGGACGCGACUGGUUGGGGCGGUCCAUGCCCUCCUGUCCGCCGGACCAUUGGGACCGCGCAUCACCCCCUCGCCCGCCACCGCUCGAGCGGUGUUAGUGGUGGAGCAGCAGCCACACCAAAGCUUGGGCGUGAAGAAGGAGGUCGCUGCACAAGGAGAUAAAGAGGAGCCAAUGGACGAGGGCGCAGAAGCCACAACGCCGGGGAUGGAAGAAGGCGAAAAGGAAGAAGUGGACGUCGGGUGGCUCGUGGGCGUCUUGCCCUCUCAUCUGCUGACCCUCAUCACCUCUCGCUCGCCCAGCCCCGCAUUCGCGAACCGGCGAGCGGUGAUGGAAGGGAUGGAGGUGCUCAGCGCGUUGGUGGCAGCGGCUGGCGAGGUGCCAUCGGUCGCGCAGAGGUUGGCCACCUCGGCCAGCGCCUUCGUCGACCUUCUCCUGUGUCUCCUCGUGUGGCAUGUGACCGACUAUUGCGAGGAACCCUCGAGGGCCGACCACGACGAUGACGACGACGACGAUCAUCGUCGUCGGGAGAACAUGAUCAUUACAGAGGACAACAGGGAAAGGGAGGAGGUAGUCCCAGCUGGGACCGGAGGCAACGGCGCUUCGGUGGAUGGCCGAGGCGCAAAUGGACAGCGGAGCACGGCGGUGGGCCGAGCGGCGGCCACCCUCAGCUCUGCCCUCAAGGCGGAACUGCUGCGCCCACGUCCCGAUGGCUGGGACGAGGGCGGCUACGUGGAGCAGCCCCUGUUGGACGCCGUGCUAGGGCACGAAAAGCUCGACGACAUCAUAGGCGCGUUCGUGGACUCCCUCCGGGUGCUGCUCCACCACUACCAGCAUGCGCCCACUCCCACCGUGGCCGAAGAGAUUUGCGAGGUGGUCGAGGCGCUCUACCUGCUGUGCUUCUCCGACGACUUCGCGGGACGCCUCAUGAGCCACCGGCUCUUUCCCGAGGGGCACGUCCUCCUCGCCCUUGCCCACGUUCUCGCUUUGCCGGACGCUGGCGAGGCAGUCCUGGCGAGCGGGCUGGGUCUGUUGGCCAUCCUGUGCGAGAAGCAACAGCCCGAGUUCCUCGCGAUCGCCCACCUCCAGCCCCCCAUCCACGCCAUCAUCAACACCCUCAUCACCCUCGCUACAGACUAUCUGCAAAAGUUGGGGCAGCAAGGCAAAGAAGGCGAGGCGAGCGGAGCGGGCACGACUGCGAGCAGCGCCGCACACAUGUAUACAGACGCCACCCACCGGCGGAUCUUCCAUAGCAUUGAGCUCUUCGCCGACCACCCACGUUACAAGACCGCGCUUAUCCGACCCGGCGCGGAGGUGCUGUGGGGCUUCCUGGGUCUGCCCACGGACGUGUUCGGCGCGUUCCUCAAGGACCCCAACCGGCGACCCAUCGCCAUGCAUCUGCUCCAUCUGCUCAUCUCUCUCGCGCUCCCCUGCCCCACCGCCUCAUGGGAGGACAUCACGGGCGGACAAGCAGCGCAGGGCCACGCCAUGCUGGUCUCCGCGCUCCGUGGGUUCUGCGCCCAAGCGCCAUCCUCUAUCAAACCCGCAGAAGGCGGGGAGCGAAUGGUGGCAAAUCUGGCGCGCGUGGUGGGGACCCUCUACGAGGCCGACAACAUACACUUCCCAGUAGAACACUUCCUCACCCUGCACAUGCUCACCGCCGCCCUGCACUCCGCGCUCGCCAACCCCGUUGGCCUCGCGACUAGCGCCACCGACGACAACACGGCGCCCUUUGUAACAGCUGUUGCAGCUGACAUCGAGGCGGAACGACAGAUUAAGCGAGAGCCCGACAGGCUAAACCAGGAGGAACUGAAGCCCAAGCAAGGCGAGGAUGCGUGGGGGCCGCAAGAGAAAGGCGACGGCGGAGAAGCAGCAUACGGUGGCUCUAUGAAGUUGGAUGCGGAGGAGCCGCGUGCGGAGAAGCGCGAUCAUCAGGCCAUGGCUCUUAUCGCAGAUCCUUCGCCGGGUCUCAUCGGCGCUGUCCGUCCCGCCAGUUCCCCGGGAGGGAGGCCCGCGGAUGACGGAGGCGGUGGGUCGGCCAUCAACCACAACACUGAGAACGGAGCGAUAGGAAGCAACGAAGAGACGACAGUUCCCAAGGACCCACCACCGAAGAAGCCCAAACGUGAAGAAGCUGACACCAGGAAUGGAAAAUGA